UAUAUACUCUAUAUCCUCAACCCAUUUUCCUCAUCCAAAAAGAAAAAAAGAAAGAGAGAACAAUAUCAAUAUAUAGUCUUUUCUCUCAAAUCUAAAAGAUCAAGAGAAAGACAAAUACAACCAAUCUUGUUCUCUCUAUCUCUUUCACUCUUUUAUUAUUCUUUCACAAAAAAGCCAACAACAACCCACCUAACCUUUUCUCUCUCUCUCUUUCUCUUUGUUUAUUUCAUUUAUUCAUUUUUUUCAUUUUAUCUCACCAAACAACUCCACUUAUUUUUAGUAUGGGAAGCCUAGGCGACUUCGAUUACCAAAUGAACAACAACAUCUCUUCCUCAAAUGACAUGACUAACCCAAUGGACCCUGAAGAGUUCAGGCGCCAAGGCCACAUGAUGAUCGAUUUCAUAGCUGAUUACUACAAAAACAUUGAGAAAUACCCUGUUUUGAGCCAAGUUGAACCCGGUUAUCUCAAGAAAAGACUCCCUAAAUCUGCACCUUAUUAUCCUGAGUCUAUUGAGACUAUCAUGAGUGACGUAAAAGACCAUAUUGUCCCUGGCAUAACUCACUGGCAAAGUCCUAACUACUAUGCUUACUUUCCAUCCAGUGGCAGCAUUGCUGGCUUUCUCGGCGAAAUGCUAGCCACUGGAUUUAAUGUUGUUGGUUUUAACUGGAUGUCCUCUCCAGCUGCUACUGAGCUGGAGAGUAUCGUCAUGGAUUGGCUUGGUGACAUGUUAAGACUUCCUAAGUCAUUUCUCUUCUCGGGAAAUGGCGGUGGGGUCUUGCAAGGAACCACCUGCGAGGCUAUCUUGUGUACCCUCGUGGCUGCUCGUGAUAGGACACUGAAUAAGAUUGGGAAAGAGAAUAUCGGAAAACUUUCCGUUUAUUGUUCUGACCAAACUCAUUGCGCUUUCAAGAAAGCUGCUCAGAUUGCUGGGAUCAACAUGAACAACUUUCGCAUCAUACCAACAACGUUGUCCUCAGCCUUUUCUAUGUCACCCGAGGUUUUACGUAAAACGAUAGUAGCUGACAUGGAAGAUGGGCUCGUCCCCAUCUUCCUUCUAGCUACUAUCGGAACAACCUCAACUACUGCAGUGGACCCACUUGGACCGCUUUGCAACGUUGCAAAGGAUUACGGAAUGUGGGUCCAUGUAGACGCGGCAUAUGCAGGUAGUAUCUGCAUAUGCCCCGAGUUCCGUCAUUUCAUCGACGGAGUCGAAGGAGCUAACUCAUUCAGCUUCAAUGCUCACAAAUGGUUCUUCACCACCUUGGAUUGCUGUUGCCUUUGGGUCAAAGACCCCAGUGCGUUGACCAAAUCGUUGACCACCGAUCCUGAGUAUCUGAAGAACAAAGCCACCGAGUCAAAGCAAGUCGUUGACUACAAAGAUUGGCAGUUAGCUCUCAGCAGAAGAUUCCGUUCCCUGAAACUGUGGAUGGUUCUCCGAUCUUACGGUGUGGAAAAGCUACGUGGGUUUCUCCGAAGCCACGUGAAAAUGGCGAAGAUGUUCGAAGCAAAUGUUGUCUCCGACGACAGGUUUGAGAUUGUCGUUCCUAGAUACUUUGCUAACGUUUGUUUCAGAAUAUCUCCCAAGGCUAUAACUACAAAGUCCGUACUUUCCGAGAUUAACGGAACGACGGCUAGGAGGAACAGCGGCGCUGAAAAAGCGUUGACCAUCAACGAGAUUAAUACGAAGCUGAUGGAUUCUAUUAACGGGUCGGGUCGGAUCUAUUUGACCCAUUCGGUUGUAGAUGGUAUAUACUUGAUCCGGUUCGCAGUUGGUGCUAGUCUGACGGAGGAGUGCCACGUGGCAACGGCUUGGAAAGUGGUUAAAGAACAUGCAGAUGCUAUAUUGAGUAGGUAUACAACGAAUGAAUUUGGACUUGGUCAAUAAUUAUCGAUAUUCUACUCUGUUAAUUAACGGAGCUAUGAAACGAUCAUUGAUUAUAAGGGUGUAAUAUUUAUGGGAUUUGAUCGGUAAAAAAAAAAAUAAUAAAUAAUAAUAAGGACAGUAUAUAAUAUCUAUAUGUUAUUAUUAUUAGUCCGUGCAAGAGUAAUUAAUGUUAUUUUUUUAUUUUUACAUAUAAAUAUUUAAAUUAUUAUUAUUGUUCGUAAGAGUUUUGUAUUAUCAUCAUCACCUUUUUCUUUUUUCUUUUUAUUUAUUUAUUUUGUAAUUUGUAAGUGUACCUCAACGAUAAUUGUAAUUGUUAUGUCUAUCGUGUACAAUUGGCUACAGAUCCAUAUGAGUACGUGCUCUGUAGUGGAGCUAUAUAAAUACAUGUCAAAUUAAGUA